GAGUGUGUCUGGUAGCGGCAUCACGAUCAACGCGUGAAUGCUUGCGCAGUGAUUCAUUCGUUCAGUUCAGUAACAAUGGCGGCAGACCUCGAACAGUUCCAACAGCUUUUAAACACACUUCUAAGCAUCGACAACGAUGUUCGGACGCAAGCCGAGGAAGCGUAUAACAAUCUUCCUGUGGAAAAUAAAGUGACGUUCCUACUUGGCUCCGUUUGCAAUGCUGCUCUUGCAGAGGAUAUGCGUGCCAUGGCAGCCGUUCUGCUGCGGAGACUCUUCUCUUCAGAGUUCAUGGAUUUCUAUCCAAAGAUUCCACCAGAGGCUCAAGCCCAGUUGAAAGAGAGAAUCUUACUUGCUGUACAAACUGAACAAACUGAUACGAUACGACGUAAGGUUUGUGAGGUUGCUGCCGAAGUUGCAAGAAACCUCAUCGACGACGAUGGCAAUAAUCAAUGGCCAGAAUUUCUUCAGUUCCUAUUCCAGUGCGCCAAUGGGCCAGUCCCUGCGCUGAAAGAAUGCGCUCUCCGCAUGUUCACAUCUGUCCCUGGUGUUUUUGGAAACCAGCAGGCCAAUUAUCUCGUCCUGAUAAAACAGAUGCUGCAACAGUCUGUACUAGACGCAGCAAAUUAUGAGGUACAAUUUCAAGCUGUUAGAGCGAUAGGUGCCUUCAUAAUGUUGCAUGACAAACAGACAAACAUUCAAAGACACUUUUCCGAGUUGCUCCCGGCGGUAGUCCAGGUAACUGCACAAUCUGUAGAGAAACAAGACGACGAAUCUCUGCUCAAGGUGUUGAUCGAUUUGGCCGAAUCAACCCCCAAGUUUUUAAGACCUCAGCUUGAAAACAUCAUGGAAAUGUGUAUGAAAAUUUUUUCAAACGAAGAAAUGGGUGACUCGUGGCGGCAGCUGGCUCUCGAAGUUUUAGUGACAUUAGCCGAAACAGCUCCGGCUAUGGUUCGGAAUGUUGGAGGUAAAUAUAUAGUGGCGCUUGUGCCAUUGGUACUCAAGAUGAUGACGGAUCUUGAAGAUGACGAAGAAUGGGGCUUCUCCGAUGAACUUAUUGUAGAAGACAAUGACAGCAAUAAUGUAGUCGCCGAAAGCGCCUUAGACAGACUUGCCUGCGGACUUGGCGGCAAAACUAUGCUUCCACAAAUUGUACAGAACAUUCCGACCAUGCUGAGCAACACGGACUGGAAGUAUAGGCACGCUGCUCUAAUGGCCAUUUCAGCCGUUGGCGAAGGAUGUCACAAGCAAAUGGAAGCUAUAUUGCCGCAGAUUAUGGAUGGAGUUAUACAAUACCUUCAAGACGCUCAUCCGCGUGUUCGGUACGCCGCCUGUAAUGCCGUGGGUCAAAUGUCUACGGACUUUGCUCCGAUCGUUGAAAAAAAGUUUCACGACAAAAUUAUACCCGGAUUGCUAAUGGUGCUGGACGAUAACGCAAAUCCCAGAGUUCAGGCUCACGCCGGAGCUGCCUUGGUGAAUUUUAGUGAAGAUUGUCCAAAAAAUAUUAUGACUCCCUACCUUGAUGCCAUUAUGGCUAAACUGGAAUCCAUUUUGACAGCGAAGUUUAGGGAAUUAGUUGAAAAAGGCACAAAACUCGUUCUCGAACAGGUUGUUACGACGAUUGCCUCCGUUGCAGACACCUGUGAGGAACAGUUCGUAACCUACUACGAUAGGCUCAUGCCAUGUUUGAAAUAUAUUAUACAGAACGCUAAUCAACAGGAGCACAAAAUGCUCAGGGGGAAAACAAUCGAAUGCGUCAGUCUCAUAGGUCUUGCCGUUGGACCAGAAAAGUUUAUCAGCGACGCGAGCGAAGUCAUGGACAUGCUGCUCAAAACACAUUCGGAAGGAGAACUUCCCGACGAUGACCCCCAAACUAGUUAUCUCAUUUCUGCCUGGGCUCGAAUUUGCAAGAUUCUCGGCAAACAAUUCGAACAGUAUCUUCCGUUGGUUAUGGGACCUGUGCUUAGAACGGCGGCGAUGAAACCUGAGGUAGCGUUACUCGACAACGAGGACAUGGAAGGAGUCGAAGGAGAUUUAGACUGGCAGUUUGUGUCUCUCGGAGAGCAACAAAACUUCGGAAUCAAAACUGCUGGACUCGAAGACAAGGCCUCUGCCUGUGAGAUGCUCGUCUGUUACGCUCGGGAACUUAAAGAAGGCUUCGCAGACUACGCGGAAGAGGUCGUCAGACUUAUGGUGCCAAUGCUCAAAUUCUAUUUCCACGAUGGGGUGAGAACCGCUGCCGCAGAGAGUCUGCCCUGUUUGGUAGACUGUGCGAAAAUAAAGGGACCGCAAUACUUGGAAGGAAUGUGGGCUUAUAUUUGCCCCGAGCUGCUAAAAGCGAUCGACACGGAGCCUGAGACUGAGGUUUUGUUGGAAUUGCUCUUUUCCCUGGCAAAGUGUAUAGAAACUUUGGGAGCCGGUUGUUUGGAAACGCAGCAAAUGUCUGAGCUUCUCAGGAUCCUGAACAAAUUAUUGAACGAACAUUUUGACAGAGCAGUAGCGAGGCUGGAAAAAAGAAAGGACGAAGACUACGACGAGGUUGUAGAAGAACAACUAGUCGACGAGGUCACCGAGGAUAUUUUCACACUCAGUAAAAUAGCAGAUAUUCUUCAUGCCCUAUUCAAGACCCACAAAGCGGCGUUUUUCCCAUACUUUGAUCAGAUCUGCGGCCAUUUUGUCAAUCUAUUAGCACCGGAAAGGUCGUGGCCAGACCAUCAAUGGGCGCUCUGCGUCUUCGACGAUGUGAUAGAGUUCGGUGGUGCCGAAUGCGCCAAAUAUCAGGAGAUAUUCCUCAGGCCGAUGCUCCAGUACGUCUCCGACAAAUCUGCGGAUGUCAGGCAAGCAGCUGCCUAUGGUUGUGGGGUUCUCGGUCAGUUCGGGGGGGAGGUAUUUGCCCAAGCUUGCGCCGAGGCGCUCCCGAGGCUGAUGGAAGUUAUAAAUGAUCCGGAAUCAAGGUCACCCGAGAACGUCAAUCCCACCGAAAACGCCAUAUCUGCGGUAACAAAAAUCCUCAAAUACAACAGCAAAGCCAUCAAUGUCGACGAUAUGCUUCCUCACUGGCUGUCAUGGCUACCGGUUGUCGAAGAUGAAGACGAAGCGCCCCACGUUUAUGGAUAUCUUUGCGACCUCAUCGAAAGCAAUCACCCUGUCGUUCUCGGACCAAGCAAUGCAAAUUUGCCACGACUAAUUAGCUUCUUCGCCGAAGCGUUAUUUAAGGAUGCGGUACCUGCGGAAAAUCCUGUCAUGGCCAGGAUUCUCAGCAUCGUCAGACAGAUUCAGAACAACGAGACAAUGUUCCAGGCGUGCAUAAGUUAUUUAACCACGGAUCAGCAGCAAGCACUUCACGAGGCUCUCAGUGUUCAGCCAACCAACUAGCUACGAUAAACGGCAGGGACUAACGGUUAGGGGGAAUAAUUGCUCAUUCGUGAAAGAGCUAGACACAAGAAGAAGGAGAACAAGAUAAAAAAAAUAAUGUAAAGAAAAACGAAAAUCACAGAGACUUUUAGGUAGCUAGAUUGUGUACCUACUUCCAAAAGAUCGUACGUAUGUCGACUUUGACAAAAAUGGCUGGCGUUUGGAAUAACAAUAUUUGAGAGAAAAAAACCGUGAAUCUUGAAAACACAAAAAAUAAUAAUAACAUUGAUACUAAUAAAUGUUAUUCAUUGUUGUCGGUCGGUGAAUAUAUAUAUACAUAUAUUUUUUUUUCUUCUCUUUUUUCUAGCGACGACAACGACGACGACUCUAAUAACUCAUCACUCUGCCAUACAAGUUUUCCCCGUUACUCUUCGAGUCAUUAUUUGUUAACUGAGUAAAGUUAUAUACCUAAACAAUAUACGAAAUUUUAUGGAAUGUUGGAGAUUUUCAAAAUAAUUUUCUCAGAUAGGACGGAGCCUGUUUGUGAUUUUAAUUAUUUUUCUCUGCUAUAAAAAUUCUUUAACAAUUUUCUACUUGCUGACGGUUCUGAGAGUCAUUCGGUGAAUCAAGAAAUUAAAAAUUGGUAAUUACAACGAUGAUGAAUGCAGAGUUCACACCAUGUGGAAAUGCCUUGUUUUUAUUAAAAAAAAAAAGUAAUGAAAUAAAAAUAAAAUAAAAUAGCAAAAUGAAAAUUAAUUAAAUUCGAUUAUUUGGAAAAGAAAACGAAGAGACUGGACGCCACCAGCACACAGAAAGCCCAUACCCUAAUGUAUGGCGCCACGACAUUGUGAUUUAGGUAUUUUUAUUAAUUAAAAUUUAGGUACAAUAAAUGUUAUUUAAUGAUGAUAAUAUUCAAUGAAUAUGUAUAUUAAAUCGCUCCGGCUUUGUUUUCAAAAAUUGCUAGAGCGGGCUUAUUACCAUGCAAAAGAAAAAUACGUAUGCACACAUAUGUAUAUCAAUUGAUCUACGUUAUCUCUCACUAUUUAAAUUCGAUUAUAAAUAUUUUUUUUCUAUGUUUUAUCACUAUUUUGCACUCCUUUAUCAGAAAUAAAUGUUUUUCACUUUUCUCGUAUUGUAUUUGAUGUACAGUUCGAGCAUGGAAAAGAAAAGGGGGAACAAAAAACGAAAAAUAAGGUUUGAACCACAUAUAAAUAUCUGUUCGGAACUGGACAACACUCCUAGUUCUCUUUUGCUAUUUAUUUAUUACACAAUAACUAUAUUACUAAGACUAUUAUUAUGACUAUUACGAUUAUUAUACCUGUUAUUAAUAUUAUUAUCGUCGCUAUUACGAUUAUGUUUAUUACAAUUAUUGUCAUUAGUGAUAUUAUUAUUAUCAUUAUUAUUAUUACUAUUAUUAGCAUCAUUAUCGUUGUUAUCAUUAUUAUUAUUAUUGAUUUAUUUUUUUAAUUUUUAUUUUCAAUUGAGAUUGAACUCAUUUGCCUGGAACAUUAUUAGUAAUUGUGAAUUGAACGUUAGUCGAAUCGAGACGAAAAUUAACGAUUUUUCAAAAUUCAAUCCUUGGAAAAGAAAGAAAAUAAAAAAUUGAAUUACACGAAAUGGGGGGAUGUUAAUUAAUCAGAAGAACUACUAAUCUGUUGAACAUAUUGAAAGACUUUUGUAUCACCGAUACGAUGCACACACGUAUCAAGAUUUAUUGAAUAAUUGAAUGAUUAGCCGUUCAACUUUUGACAGAUAUUAGAAAUGGCUGAUCUGUGACAAUCUUCAUCAUUUAUUGUUAUUUAUUGUCAUUUUUUUUUUUUUUUUUUUUAGAAUCGCAUAGGAGAUUGACGAUUGAAUAAAGUAGCUCAGAGAAUGGACGUGUAUUUGCUACUCCGUCUGGGAAAUGAUUAUCUAUGACUAUAGUAUGGAAAUAUGCAUUAUGUGUAAUGACAUGAGUGUAGGGAUUGACGAGGAAUCGAACGAAGAAUAGGAAAAACGGAAAAAAUUAAGAAUAUAAUAAUCCAGGAUAGAAUUGUUGAAAUUUUAACAAAUUGGAACCGAUGAGAACUGAUCGACAUGAUUAAAUAUACAUAUAAGAGAUUAUUUGAUAGCUAUAUUAUUCAAUGAAAUAAAUCUCGGCUUUAUAACAUAUGA